AUGGACGCCGGGGCGUCGAACAUCAUCUCGCGCAUCGUGACGCCUGGCACACUGAUCACCAGCGACAAUGCAUACAUGCGCGGACACGGCACAUUCGCCGAGCACGAGUCGAUCUACUCGUCAGUAGCUGGCGCCGUUGAGCGCGUCAACAAGCUGAUCUCGGUGCGUCCCCUGAAGCAGCGGUACGGCGGUGAGAUUGGCGAUAUCGUCGUGGGCCGGAUCACUGAGGUAUCCUCGAAGCGGUGGCGUGUGGAUGUCAACGCGCGCCAGGACGGCGUGCUCCUUUUAUCGUCAAUCAUCCUCCCUGGCGGCAUCCAGCGCCGCAAGUCCGAAUCCGACGAGCUGCAGAUGCGCAGUUUCUUUGCCGAGGGUGAUCUUGUAUACGCCGAGGUGCAGUCGUAUUUCGCUGACGGCGCCCUGUCGCUGCACACGCGGUCUGUGCAGUACGGCAAACUGCGCAAUGGCACUAUGGUCGCUGUGUUCCCGCAGCUGGUCCCGCGCAGCCGCACCCAUUUGCAUCGGUUGCCAUGUGGCGUCGAUGUCGUGCUGGGUGUCAAUGGGUAUAUCUGGAUCAGCAAGCACGUGUCGGCCGCCAAGGUCGAGGCGAACGCAGAGCACAUGUACUCGGAUCAGAACGAGCUCAUUUCGGAUGAGGAGCGCGAGACUAUUGCCCGGGUCGCCAACUGCAUCCGUCUACUCAACCGCAUGUAUGUCAAGAUCACUGAGACAUCGAUCAACUUUGCCUAUGAGUCGAGUCUGCCGCACGCCGUCAAGGACUUGCUCAAGACCGACAUUGCCCAGGAGUUGGCCGACAGCGUCAAGGCGCAGCUUCUGCAGCAGGCAUAA